AUGUACCCAUUUAUCGUUUAUCAAACAAUGGAUUCUAUAGAUGAUAAAAAACUCAAACAACUGGAGAGAAGAGUAAAUAAAGCAAAAAAUACAUUAAAAAUUGAUCCACAAAACUUAACUGAUGCUAUUGAUGAGCUUGGUAUGGAGUAUUUUCAGCAAGGAAAACACGAUGAGGCACUAGAACAAUUUGAAUACGAGUUAAAAACUGCUCAGGAUAAUAAUUUGGAAGAUGAUAUUCUCCUAUCAUUGCGACGAAUUGGUGAUUGUUAUGUUGAAAAGAAUAAAUUUCGAUUAGCUGAAUCUUCGUUCAAAGAAUAUUUGAAGUGUGCACAAGAACAAGCAAAUGAUGAUGAAACAGAACGAGCAUUUACAUCUCUAGCUGUACUUUAUCUUCGUUGGUAUGAAUACAUGCAAGAAGAUAUUCUAUGUGAUGAUGAAAAACUUUUACAAGAGACUUUUAAUCGUUCAUAUGAUGCUGCCUACAACAGUUUAUUGACAAUUGAAAAAUUAGAUAAAUUACAUGUAGAAGAAAAGAAAAAAAUGGGCCUGAAAUCGAAGAGAAGAAACAAUGAAUUUAUGAGCGAUAAAGAUUAUGAAAAAGAUUUAGCACUUAGACGUGUUCGUACUUAUAUCAAUAUGGCAAAUGCGAUCAACGAAAAGUAUUCAACUGAUAAUUCAUCAUCAAGUUUGCAUAAAAUACGAAAACUCGUUAACGAUGCUCUUACAUUGGCAAAAAAGUUUGAAAUGAAACGUGAACUAGGUCGUUUAUAUUUCGCUCUUGCAUCAUAUUAUCAGACGUAUUCAAAUUUUUUACAAAAAAAAGUAGAAAUUGUUUAUGCAUUAGAACAGGCUCUUGAUUAUUAUAAACGUUUAGAAGAUUAUGUUCUUUAUGGUACAACGUUAAUUGACGCAGCAAAUUUAUUAAUUCUAUUUGACGAUUAUGCAGCUGCGAAAGAUUAUUUCUUAAAAGUUUAUAAACCGUCGACAAUAAGUGCUUUAGUCAAAGAAAAUAUGCAACAUCAAUUAGCUUGUGUACAAAGACUUUUAAAUGGUAUAAUAGAUACGUAUAAAAGUGAAACAGAUAUAAAGAAAAAAUUGCGUUUAGCAGAAAAAAUCGGCGAUAUAUAUUCAGAUUUGAAAAAAUAUGAAUUAGCAAAAGAUUAUUAUUCAAAACAAUUAAAACAUGCGCAAGAAGUAGAUUUAAAUGAAAAACAAAUGGCUACAAUUUAUUCAUCUCUAGGAUUGUCAUGUAUGAAACUUCAUGAAUGGCAAAAUGCAAUGGAUUAUUUUCGUCGAGAAUUAAGCUAUCUAGUUACAAUACCACAAUCGGAAACUAAAAUAUGCGAUGCGCUAGUUGAAAUAAUCAAAUGUGAAUAUCGAUUAAAGAUUAGUUUAACUGAACGUUUGGAGACAAUCGAACGAGCAUUUGAAAUAGCUAAAUCGUCAAAAAGCAAAUCGCUAAUUCGUGAAACAAUGGCAUUAUUGAUUCGAUUACAAAAACGAGACCCUUCCUUACAAUACGAUAAACAAAUAAACAAUUUUAUUAAAAAAUUAGAUCCACCAAUUAAUGAGGACAACUGUUCUGAUUUUGAAUAUAUCAGCAACGGAUGUUCAGAUCAGCCGGAAAGUGAUAAUGAAGACUCACAGCCAGUGACAACUGAUGAUGAAGACGAUGAAACAAUUUUGAAUUCACUAAUGAAUGAUCUAAUUGAUGAGGAUGAAGAAGAAACCAUAAUUGUAUCAAAACGAGUUAGCUUAUCAACACAAAAAUCGAAAAUAUUCAAACCUGUGAAUCGAAAAGGUGAAUAUCCCCUACAUGUUGCUUGUCAAAAUGGAAAUUAUGAGAAAGUUGUACAACUUGUUAAUGAUGGGCAUCCUGUCAAUUGUCAAGAUAAUUGUGGUUGGUAUCCUCUUCAUGAAGCAUGCAAUUUUGGACACGUGGAUAUUGUUAGAUAUUUAUUGAAUUCAAAUGCUAGUGUAAACGUGAUAAAUGAAGAUUGCUUGACACCAUUACAUGAUGCAUGUGAAAAUGGUCAUAUACCAGUGAUUGAACUUUUACUUGAACAUGGUGCCAAACCAGAAAAGAAAAGAUUAGGUAAUUACACAGCAUUAGAUGAUCUUAAUGAUUAUCAAGAAAAAUAUGAAUCAAUUGAUCCCGAACAAUUUGAAAAGACGAAGAACAAAAUGCUGGAGUUGAUAAAAAAAAAAGAGCCAAACUAUACAAUCAAAAAGAUAGUGGAGAAUACUGUGUCCUUUGAUAGACGACCCACAUCAGAAGAAACGCAGGAUGAUGGUGAUAUCUAUGAUAAGGACUCACCACCAAGAAUACCUCAUAAACAGAGUUUCAAAUCUGUUAUGGAUAAUGUUCGACGUGGAAUCAAGACAAAUGAUGAUAUUGGUGUUAUUAUUCCAAAAACAAAACAUUCAAUACAAGCAAUUUCUAGGACACCAUUAAUUAGCGAGAAAGAAUAUAAUAUCAGAGAUAAAGAUUGGGCCGUUCCUGACUCCGUGCCAAUUAUCAUUCAUCGUUCAUCGUCUCCGUCCUCUUCAUCAUCAUCAUGUUCACCUAAUCGAACAACAAAACGGAAAAAAAGAUGUGAGGAACGAAAAAGAUCAUUAACUUUCACAACGAGACAGUCAGAAUCACCUUCUCCAACAAAACCUAUAUCGAACCGUCGAUCAUCCGAUCAUAUUCAUAAACGACAAAAGAUUGACGAAACAGACACUCUGUUUAAUGAUUUUGAUAACGAAGUACAAUAUGAACAACACUUGAAAGAAGAAAUAAAACCACCGCGUUCGCCUGUAUUUCAGUUAGAACAAGAACAUAAAUCAUUAGCCGUAUAUCGAACACCAUCAACAAUUAGUAUUUUAUCAUCAUCUACUGAAGAAAAGAAUAGUAAUGUUGUUUAUAUGCCAGUCGUAAUGCCCUCAAAUAUUUUACCAUCACCAUUCACAUCUAAUACGAAGAAUUCAUCAUCUUGGAUAAUACGUUGUCUAGCGAAUAAAAUCGACAGAAAGGAGGAAGACAGAAAAAUUCGAAUACCAAUAUUACCAUCUGCUACAAUUAGAGAUUUGUCAUAUCAAGUUUUGAAAAGAUUAUACGAUCAAUGGCAUAUUCAAGCAUGUAAUGUAACAUUGUAUGAUCAGAAAGGUUGGGAUUUGUAUGAUGAUGAUAUAAUUCAAGAUGCAUUCAGUUCAAAUGAUACAGAUAUUAAAGCGAUAUACACAGAAAAGAAUCCAGCAAAUUGGUACGAACAAACAUGCAAAGCAAACAAUGUUGAUAACAAUUUGGAUGAUAGAGUACUAGAACAAUUAGGACAAUUAUCACUAGAUAAUUUGAAAUCUUUGUCUCUGUCAAAAAACAAAUUGACCAGUAGCGCAGUUAAAGUAUUAUGCGAUCAAAAGUCACUGAUGAAUUUGAGUGACUUGGAUUUAUCAAAUAAUGAUCUUACCGGCGAUGAAUUAUUUGAAGCAAUCGUUAAAUUGAAAUCACUUGAGCGUCUUAAUUUAUCCUCGAAUAAAUUUAAAAUUGAUGAUAUGAUAAAAUUUUUUGUUUUAUCAGCUGAAUCUAAACUAAAUGUGUCAUAUUUAAACUUUCAAUUAUCGUCCGAAAAUUUAGGGUUAACAUUGAUACCAUCAUCGUUAUUUUCUGAUAAAUUUCGUCAUUUUAUUCAACAAUGCAAGAAUCUCAAAACAUUAGUAUUAUCAACAACAUAUUAUUGUGGAGAAAUUGUUACUGUUUUACAUAGUGUUUAUCCAAAUGUUCGAAUGGUAACAGAAACUGAUAAGAUAGAAAUUAACUUAUAA